AUGGGUCUCUUUGGCAAUAAACGUGAAAAAGGUGAUAAAAUUGUUGAUAAAUAUGAAUAUCAUUCAUCAUCAACUAAGGGUGGACGAAAUGGAUAUGGUCCACCAGCAUUAUCAGGCACCCCACCUUCACCCUAUUUUCCAAGUGGUGCUGCAUAUUUCGAUGGUUAUGGUCAAGUGGCACCACAAGGUAAAACAGGUAAAUAUAAUAAAUAUGGUGGUGUAAGUAAAAGUCUUUAUGGUGGUGAUCCAAUGCAACAAGCUAUGUUAUUACCACCUCAAUCUCCUGCUGCAAUGCAAGCACAAGCAGCUGCCAUGUAUCAAAUGCAACAAUAUAUGCAAGGACAAGGUGCUGGUGCUCAAUUUGCUGGUAUUCUUCCACCUAUUCAAAUGCCAUUGACAGCUGCACAACAAGCAGGAAUUUUACCAGCAGCUCAACCUCAACAAUUUUAUGGUUUUCCUGGUCAACCAACAGGAACGCCGUAUUUUGAUCCCAAUAGUGUCGCAUUUCAACAACCACAACAACAAAGUGCAUUUGCUCCUUAUCAACAGCCAAAUUUUUAUGAUCCAAGUGCAGCAACUGGAUUCUCUGGUCCAUACGGUUAUAUGCCUGCUGCUUUUUAG